CUACCCCACUGGUCUGUCUGGCUUUGCAUCUCAUCAUGGAUAUCACCAUCCAGCACCCUUGGUUCAAGCGCGCUCUGGGGCCAUUUUACCCCAACCGCCUGUUUGAGCAGAUCUUCGGUGAGGGGCUGUUUGAUUACGACCUUUACCCCUUCCUCUCCUCCACCGUCAGCCCCUUCUACAGACAGAGCCUCUUCCGGGGCUACAUGGACUCCGGCGUCUCCGAGGUGCGUUCAGACAGAGAGCGUUUCGUCAUUAAUCUGGAUGUGAAGCAUUUCUCUCCCGAGGACCUGACCGUGAAAAUCCUCGAUGACUUUGUGGAGAUUCAUGGAAAGCACAGCGAGAGACAGGAUGACCACGGAUACAUCUCCAGAGAGUUUCACCGCCGCUAUCGUCUCCCUUCCACUCUGGACCAAUCGGCCAUCGCCUGCUCUCUCUCCGCGGACGGGAUCCUGACCUUCUCCGGCCCCAAACUGCUCUCCAGCCUGGACUCCAGCCACAGCGAGAGACCAAUCCCUGUGUCCCGAGAGGAGAAGCCCACCUCUGCCCCCUCCUCCUAAACAGCUGGGGGCUUCAUCCAGCGACAGGGCCCCCAAACCUCCCCGACCGCCGGAGCCUGUGCACAACCCGCAAUAAAGAUGGCUGAACAUCA